CUCCAUCAAGAACGUCACUCGACUCAUCGAUAGUCUUGAACUUUCUGUGUUGCUUCAUGAAGGCCACCCCAGUUGACAGAUAACACAAUCACAAAAGGCUUAGCUUCUUAAAUAACAACCAGAAGUGCCUCUGAGAUGGUCCAACACCUCUGUCGAGAAGCUGGGCUGCAGGCCUUCAUCGGCGCAAUAGAAGAGGAUGGGUGCGUUGUUAUCAAAGACUUCACGGACCAUGCGUCCCUUGAUGCCGCACACGAGGAAGUUCAGCCAUAUCUCAAUGCGUCGCUUGCGCAGUCUGGGAGCACUGUUGGGGCAUUGAACGGUGGGACUGCAACCUGUACAAGGCUCGAAAUUGCCGAUCACUUCAUUGGGCUUGAGACCGAAAUAUGGUACGGAGAUGAACCCACAAUCCACAAGUCCGACCCUCUGCUCUCCAUUUCCAUCACUAUGUCCUCACAGCCAGGAGCAAAAGCCCAGAAACUCCAUCGCGACGAUAAGAACCAUCACGCGAGGCACAUAAAGGCCAGUCACCACACAAAGGGCCGCGACAUGCUGCUCGGCCUUUUCGUUCCGGAAUGCGACACUUUCGAAACAAACGGUGCGACCCGGAUCGUUCCUGGAUCGCAUCUGUGGGGUGACGGAAAGCCUGACUUCGGCCCCGAUGGCCAAAGUGGUGUUCAAAAUGCGGAACUGAAGAGAGGCGAGGCAUCUGUUAUGCUGGGCAGUCUGUAUCAUGGCGCCGGACAGUAUUCUCUAGAGACGGGAAGUCGAACGGUGCACAUUAUGUUCAUGUGUAGCGGCGAAAUUCAGUAUCUCAGCUACCCGAUCGAGGAUGUCAAGACCUAUUCGAAGCUCGUGCGUGACCAUCUAGGCUGGAAGCAGUCUGAACCCAACUUGGGAUGGGUUGAUUUGAAAUCACCAGAGUACCUCCUAGAUUGAAGAUACAAUAAGGGGAAAAGUAGGUGUGGCGGUUUGAGCCGUGGGUCCACUGACCUGUAUGGACACGGGCUGGCUGCCAUGCUCAAAGUCUAUCCUCAUUCCCUCUCAAACAUCAAGGUAGUCGCAAGCACAAGGUGUGAGCCUGG